AUGCAAGAAACACUUUUUGCUUUGCAAAAAGGCCAGGAAGAACUCCAGAUUGGACAAGACGCACUCAAGAAAGAUAUGAAUGGCCAAGACAACCCAGAGCCGACAAUAGUACAUAAUAAUCUUGGUGGAGCAAUUCCAAGACCAGUACCAAAUAUCAAAGAUAUAACUUUGGUACAUAUCUACAGAAUGCUGAGCCACGAUCUUGGGGUUGAGCUGGAUAAAAAAAACAAGGCAAUCCUUCACACUUGUACAGGCCUUGUCUGCGAUGAGCUGGCCAUUAUUCCUUCUGUGCAAGCUCUAGGACAAUAUCCAAACUGGAACUUUACCAGAUGCCACAAAAACUGGGCAUCUGUUGCAAAGGUCAGCCAAUUAUGGAAAAACUGUAAAAAGCGACAGUAG